AUGAAUGGCCUGGUCACACAGGAGCACAAAGGUGUGGUGCAAGAAGUGCACACGUGUGGCUACACCUGCUUCCUGCUAAAAGGUGCUCAGUGCCUCUCCAGGCUGGAUCCCACCACACAAGUGCUCAUCCCACACUCAAAGGAUGAAAACAGAACUAUUCUGAACAAACCCUUUGCUGGGCCUGCUGUUUAUGCAGCCCCUGAAGUGCUACAGAGCAUUCCUUGCUACCCCAAGAUUUCUGACAUCUGGAGCCUGCAUGUCAUCCUGCAUACAAUGGUCCACACUUUAAUGUCCUUGCCCAGCUCAAAGCACCUAGCUGUAGAGUGCAGGGACCUCACUUACCACUUGCUCCAGCCCAAUGUGUCUCAGAGGUUGUGAAUAAACACACAGUAG